AUGCCCCGCCCGACCAUCGCCAUCGAAGAAGCCACCAUCCCGCCCACCCUGCACCACACGCUCGCGCAAUGGCAGCCCAUCCUCGCGCCGGGCUCCGACGUCAACGCCGGCGUCGCGGCGCACGGGGCGCGGCUGAGCGACAUCCACGGCGCGCGGCUGCGGACCAUGGACGCCGAGGGCGUCGAGUACAUGGUGCUGAGCCUGACGAGCCCGGGGGCGCAGGGGGAGCACGACAAGGACGGCGCGGAGAGGACGGCGCGGGAGGCGAAUGACUGGCUGGCUGGGGAGGUGAAGAAGAACCCGAAGCGCUUUGGGGCCCUCGCCGCCGUGUCGAUGCACGACGCCGCGCAGGCGGCCGCCGAGCUGCGUCGCUGCGUCGUCGAACUGGGCAUGUUUGGUGCCCUGGUGAAUGAUUGGCAGUCGACCGGUGCGGAUGGAGCCGGGCGGAAGUACUACGACACGGACGAGUUUGACGUCUUUUGGCGGACGGUGCAGGAGCUGGACGUGCCUGUGUAUUUCCACCCGCGGUACCCGCCGUUGGAGGAGUUGAGGACGGGCCAGGGUGCGGGUGGGGCGUAUAAAGGGAGGAGCCAGAUGCUGGGGGCUGGGUGCAGCUUUCAUUUGGAUUUGAGUUGGCAUAUCUAUGCUGUUUGUUCGAGUGGCGUCUUCGACAGGUUUCCCCGGGUCCAGAUAAUCGCAGGGCAUCUGGGAGAGAACAUCCCGUUCAACCUCUGGCGCGCCGAUCACUGGCUCAACAAGCCACAGAAGCGGAAGACGCGGCCGUCGAAACAGGACUACACGUACUACUUCAAGCAUAAUGUGCACAUCACAACCUCUGGUAACUUCAACACGGCCGGCCUCAAGUAUUGCAUCUAUGAAAUUGGCUUGGACAGGUGCCUCUAUGCGAUAGACACGCCGUAUGACACCAUCGAGGAGGGACAGGAAUGGUGGAGAACCAACGAUCUGGCCGAGGAUGAAAAGAAUGCAGUCGGGAGAGGGAACGCCAUCAGACUGUUCAAGUUGCCACUGGACGAGUGA